AUGGGAUUUGGCGAUGUGCUGGACGACACCACCUUUUGCAUUUUGCAUGUGUUGGACUCAUGUGAGAUGCUGAACAACUCGAUUGGAACUGAAACUGAAGGUGAACAGGGAACGCAUUCUUCAUCGACUUUCGGCUGUUUUACAAAUAAUACAAAUUUCCCGAGCUCCAUAUUGUCGCUCAUCACAUUGGGAUUUACAGUUUACUUCGUGAAUUGUCUACUGCUCAUAUCAACAUCCACGUGCGGAUUCCUAGCUUUCCUCGUUGGAGUUCUCGUACAUCAUUGGUAUUGGCUACACGGAGUAAAACUGACUCGAAAAGAAAUGGUAUUCUUCGACGAAGCAAAUCUGCUUGAAACUUCAAAUCUUUUUGAAUACACAUACGGUCCCUGCACUGAAGGGACAACUCCUAUUUCAGGGCCUGAUAAGAAUCCGGAUGCUCCCACGACGUUAUGGCAGGCUUUAUUUUGUGACGAUAAGCAGUUACAAAUGCAGAAAUUCUACAAGGAGCAUUAUGGCCCCGUUUGGGAAACCGCUAGAAGAAGAGAACAAGAAUGGAAGGCAAUAUCGGGAGCGAAAAAUGAUUCUUCGAAGAGUUUGGACAAUAACGCGAAGAAGGUCGUUCCCCCUCGUUAA